AUGGCGCAACAAGUGGAAGUGGUCGAUCUCUCUGGUGAUGACGAUUCCGACACUGUGAUCUCGUCACUAGCAGCACGUUGGCUGCCAUACGAACGAGAAAUAGUAGAAGAACUGUACGCACAAGACGGCGUAUUGGUGCUCGGCCGCGGGCUCGGUCUCUUACGCGUGCUAGCGAGCUUCGUGCGUCUAUAUUGCUCCCCUCGCAGUCUCGUGCUGUGUUUGAACGCAAAUGAACAAGCAGCGACGCUGCGUCGUCUGGUGCUCGCGCUGGGACUCGAUCGCCGCUUGCUACCGCGUGUGGUAGACGCUCGAAACAACCUGAACGAGCGGCAACAAAUGUACAAACGCGGCGGUGUCUUCUUCGUGACUGCGCGUAUCCUCGUGGUGGACCUGCUGUCCAACCAUGUGGACCCGGGUCUUAUCAGCGGAUUGCUAGUGAAUGACGCACACCACGUGACCGAGACAUCAAUCGAGGCCUUUAUCCUCAGACUGUACCGUGAACGCAAUCGAGAAGGGUUCAUCAAAGGCUUCUGCGACGACAGCGUCGCUCUUUCAUCGGGUUUCAACCGCGUGGAGCAAGUGCUUAAACAUCUAUACGUGCGCAAUGUGUUCUUAUAUCCGAGAUUUCAUGUUGCAAUCAACUCGUGCUUGGAAAAACACCAACCAGAAGUGUACGAGAUCGAAGUGGCCUUCUCACGGUCGAUGAAGAUCAUGCAGGAAGCGCUCCUUGUCGCACUGGAAGCUACCGUCAAAGAAUUGCAACGCAGUACCAAGUCAUUAGAUGCUGCAGAUCUUACAAUGGACAAAGCUCUAGCCAAAUCAUUCAGCAGCUUCAUUCGACGACAAUUGGACCCGUUGUGGCACAAGUUGCCGGUUAAAACCAAGCAACUUGUCGGAGAUCUAUCGACUUUGCGUCAAUUACUGGCAUACCUUCCGCGCUACGACGCCAUUUCCUAUUACUCUUUUCUGGUUAAUUAUCAAACCAUGAACGGACAACAGCGCUUUCCGUCACCGUGGCUGUUCACCGAUGCCGCGGAUCGGCUGCUUACUGCGGCAAAAGAGCGCCUGUACCAAAUUGUGGAUCCGAAGACCAAUACACCCGUUAAUCUUCGCCAGCUAUCUUCAAAUGGUUCGGGCUCCAAUGCUGCUGAAAACGCUGAACUUAAGCUGGUAUUGGAACAAAACCCGAAAUGGGACGCCCUGAAGGAGAUCCUGGACGAAGUACAUGCUGAACAAAAGAAAAAAAUGAAGCAGAAUAUGGAUAAACUGGCUGCUGGAGGGGCAACCGUCUUGGUCAUGGUGAAAGACGAGCGAACGUGUGCCCAGCUACGCGAAUUCUUAAGUCUGGGUGCUCAGGAAAUGAUGCGUCGGCGUUUUGGUCAUUAUUUACUGCAGAAAGAGGCUGCACUGAAGCAAAAAGGAGGUAGCAUGGCGUCGCUUGGACUAGAGCAGAGACUUCUGCUGGAGGCUGCUGCGAGGUUAAGAACGGAUGAACUGUAUACUGAAGAAGAGGCGACGCCUUCAACCGGUGUAAACAGUAAGAAGAAAUCUAGCAAAACGAAGAAACGUGUUCGAGAGGAAUCGUCACAAGCAAGCUACAGUGAUGUCCAAGUUCACAACACUGAAGUAUCAAGCUUCGGCUUAUCGACAGCAGAACUUGAGGCCAUUACUGCUGCUCAAGAAAAGGCUGAACGUGAGAGCAAGUCGAAAAUGUUUUUCGAUGGGCGGUUGCACGCUUCAUCAAGUCGUCGAGAUCAACAAACAGGAACACCGAACUUAUCCCUUGAAGUGGUGGAUCCCAUGGACAGCGUUGUGUUGUGUACUUACGAGCAAGCCACUGAGCACGGCUACGGCGCCUCAGCUUUUCUAGAGGAUAUUAUGCCGUCCUGUAUCAUCCUCUACGACCCAGAUAUGGCAUUUAUCCGUGAAGUGGAAGUAUUUCAUGCUUCCCACAAUGCCCCGCUUGAGAUUUACUUCCUCAUGUACGAUGAAAGCACAGAGCAGCAGUCCUAUCUGAGCGAAAUCCAGCGCGAGAAGCGAUCAUUUGACAAGCUCAUCCACCAGAAAGCGCACUUAAUGAUGCCUGCGAAUGUAUACGACCUUCCGCUUCACAUGAAGCUGCGACAGCAAACUGUGGAGUACAGCAUGGAUACACGAACAGGAGGACGUGCGAAGUCUCAUCGCACCGGAGUUAAGGUCGUCGUUGACGUUCGAGAGUUCCGCAGUGCAUUGCCGUCCAUGCUCCACAAAGAAGGACUGUUCGUGCUCCCCGUGACACUAGAAAUUGGAGACUACGUUUUGUCUCCAGAGAUUUGUGUAGAGCGCAAAAGCAUCAGCGACCUCUUCGGCUCGUUAAACUCUGGACGUUUAUUUAACCAGGCGGAAAGCAUGCGACGCUUCUACAAGACACCCGUGCUGCUCAUUGAGUUCACUCAAGGCAAAGCGUUCUCGCUUCAAGACGUGUCGGAGAUUGGUCCUGAGAUUAGUGCCACCAACAUCGUCUCCAAACUUACGCUGUUGAUUCUGCACUUCCCGUCUUUGCGAAUCCUCUGGUCCCGCUCGCCGCAUGCAACAGUGGAUCUCUUCAAGAUCGUCAAGAAAUAUCAAGACGAGCCCGACAUGGAAGCUGCAGCUGCACUAGGCAAUGGCUUACCCAUGGAUGACAGCGCAGCGCAAACCAACAGUGGCGAAGGUGGACUGGCAUCAAAUUACUACAACACCAGCUCGAUCGAUGUGCUCAAGAAGUUGCCAGGCAUCAACGAGCACAAUUUCCGGAAGGUCUUAGCGAGUGUCUCGAAUCUCGCCGAGCUCAGCCGAAUGCCACUAGACGAACUCACGAAGCUGCUGGGGAAAGCGAACGGCAAAAAGUUACACACUUUUUUCAACAGCACCGCAUAA